AUAAACGGCUCACGGUGUAAAAUACCUAGUAAUUUAAAGUAAAAAAUUAUCUAGGGGUAUUUCACUUACCCAACCCUGUGCAUAAAUGAAAUUUGAAUCUUGGAUCAGCUUACCGACCGCAAAAUCUUAUCGUCACCUUUUGUUGAACGUGACAUAACCUUCCACAAACGCUGGUGGUAAAUCCAUUUUCUGGCAUCGAACUGGCAAGGGUUUGUUACUCUCGCAAAGCUGCAAUUCAUUCAGGAGCAGUCUGUUGACAGAAACGAGAAGAGCGAAUUUACUAUGGCUCUUAGCUGGAGCUUACGAAGAUCUAGGUGACCUGGUGAAAGCAUUGAAAACAGCUGUCCAAGUUCAUCCCCGAUAAGGGAAUCCUAUCGGUUGGAUUAUCUGCUGGCAUAAUGGCUACCUCCAGCAGUAGCACCAGCAAUAGUUACGACUUUAAAGUCGUAUUACUUGGAGAAGGAAGCGUAGGAAAGACCUCUGUCAUCCUGCGAUACGUUGAGGAUAAGUUUAACGAUAAACAUACAUUCACUACCCAGGCGUCUUAUCUGGAUAAGAAGUUAAAUAUCAAUGGUAAGAGAAUUAAUCUAGCGAUCUGGGAUACGGCAGGGCAGGAGAAGUUCCACGCUCUAGGUCCAAUUUAUUACCGCAUGUCUAAUGGUGCUGUCUUGGUUUAUGAUAUUACGGAGAAGUAUACGUUUAAAAAAGUUAAAGAUUGGGUAAAGGAAUUAAGAAAAAUGUUAGGCUAUGACGUAUGCUUGGCCAUAGCUGGUAAUAAAAUAGACCUUGAGAAAAACCGAAACGUUUCGAUCGAGGAAGCGGAGGAAUAUGCAAAACAAGUAGGCGCGAUGCAUUUUCACACUUCGGCCAAAUUAAACCAAAAUAUUGAGGAAAUGUUCUUAGACCUGACGCAGCGUAUGAUGGAGAAAGCAGAUGAGGCUGAGCGAACGGCAACAUUAACGCGAACAAAUAGUACACGACGUAAUGUUGUAAUAGUUGAGGAUGAGUCGGAACAACAGCAACCACCUACUAAAAGUUCUUGUUGCGGUGGCUCUACUCAAGUUCCAUGAUCACUGGCUACAUGUCGCGGAGAAGAACUUUAAUCUCUCAUAAAAUAAUCAGGUGCAGUUGUCUCGUUUAAUAUUAUGGUUGUCGAGAAGAACAAACAACCUGCAGGAAGCUGUUCCUGCAGAAGUACCAUGCGACUCUCAGGCUCGCCAAUAAUACACCGCAAAGAACAGCUUUAACUUCUACAUAAAUGUACAUACAGUGCACGUGUAUUGUCUCUCAAGAUUUUGGAAAAGUUUACUGCCUUUACGUUUCAUCUCGUUAGAUUUAUACUAAAAAUCGAGGACCCAUUGUUUUCAAAGGAGUCGAUUAAGUUCCCAGUGAACAUCUUGGAGGAUGCGACUCGGAUACAGGGAGGCACAAUCUCCUCUAUUUCAUUUCCAAGACAUUUGUGCAAUCUAGCUGUGUGCAACGCUGCAGUGAUAAUUCAAUCGAAAGUGAUGUUUGUAUUUUGCAAUUCCACUGUUGGAAUGUUUCCUAUUGUGAACAAGAAAAGAGUAUUGUGUUUAUUGUUUGUACGAGUGUCUGACAUGGAUAUUGGGGCAUAUCAUCGUUAUACGCUUUCGUAGAUUUAAUAGAUGCAGAGCGAUGCAUCACCUGGAGUUUCAGUUUAACAAGGAAUCGUUAAGAGCAUUUGCUUCCCCUAUGUACAAAGUUACAGUCUUUUCUAAUACUUUUAUAUCCGAGUUGAAGGAAAAUUGUGUUUUUCUUUAAUAUCAAUUUGACAGUCUCAUCGUGAUAUAACGCAUUGUUGCAACAGCCCUGAUCGCGUAAGUUCGAUACGUAAAUUAUGUAGAGACAGAGCAUAGUCACUAGAUCGCAGCAUUGCGUACUCUGUCAUUACGAUUCUCCGCAGUUUUCUCGUUCGCGUGUUAUUUCACUGUCCUGAACGUGUCGCGUAGUUUCGUAUAUACGAAAAUGUACAUAUUGUAUACCGGCCGUUGCCAGUUGUUCCGUGAAAAAAAAAUGCCUGUUUUGUUAUCUACGUGAAUCUUAGAUAAAGCCAUAUUUAAGCUGGUGUAGAAUUUAAUUUUGAGCUGUCGCGCUGUGUGAACGUUAUUGUCCGACUUCACUUUUUGACUGAAUUUUACAGUAACGGAUCACCUAAAAAUGAUGACUCGUUUUCAAGAGUCGUUAUACAAUGAACAUUUCUAUCAAGGGCUCGUGAUAUAUCCCUAGGGGAAAUAAUCAAAUCGUGAAACAGAAGAACAAAUCAGCAUCCUACGAAUUGAUAAUUAAUUGUACGCUUUGUGUGGCUACUCGUAAUGAAAAUGCGUCUUACCCAUACUCCAACGAAGCAUAAAAUGCCGUACGGAGUCAUUUUGUGGCCAAAGCCAUAAAUCUUAACACAAUGACAUGUAACAUGAUUUACAAUAGAAUAAUGAUUUGAUUUACACUUGAUUUACACUUAACCGCCAUACUAUAUUUGUAAAUACAGUAGGCCUAUAGUUAUUCGAAUAAAAUUCCCAUUAAUGAAAUUA